AUGCAUCUUCCCACGCUCAGCAUCCUCGGCCUCGCCACACACGUUUCAGCCUCGCUGUAUUCAGCAGGCGAUACACUGAGUAUCAGUGCACGUUCCGCACGCGGCUACGCCCCGGAUCUUGCCAUCAGCGGUGGAGUGCUUACAUCAAAAUGGAUCGAAGGGACAAAAUACACACAAAUCGUCGAAUUCGUGGUGACUAAUAACCACCCGGCCAACUCGCUCACUCUCGCUGACACUUUGAAUAUCACUUUGAAGUCGAAUAACCUAGAAUUGGUCCAAUCUGCAACCCUCACACGCUUGGCACCAAAGCAGGCUGCCGUGGUGCAGCUCGGCGUUCGCAAUUUGCCCAACACACCUGCCGGCUCUACAUGCAGCGGCACGAUUGUUGCGACAUACGGACAAGGAUACGGGCCUGUAAUCACCAGAGAUCAGACGAUAACCGGCAUUUGUGGCAUACCAGACUAUACUGCAGAUACUGGCAGUCUCAGUCAUCACUGGAAUCCUGACUGGUACAAUAAUGUAAAGUUCGGUAUCUUUAUUCACUGGGGACUGUACUCAGCGCCGGCGUUCGGCAACGCGACGCCUGUUGAAGACUACUCCGAAUGGUACUGGUGUCGCCAGCACGAUCCAAACUACAGAACAAAGACAUAUCAAUAUCACGAGAAGACUUAUGGCAAAGACUUCAACUACGAUCAAUUCAUGGCAAACUUCACAGAUACUGGCUACGAUCCUGUAGCAUGGGUCAACCUAUUUGCAGCAGCUGGUGCUCGAUAUAUGGUUCCUGUUACGAAACAUCAUGACGGCUUUGCACUUUUCAACACAUCGCCCCAGGUCAGCAGACGCUCGUUCAUGUAUUACGGGCCAAAGAAGGAUCUCAUCGGCCCUCUGCUUGCAGCAGCCAAGCAAUACCAGCCACAGAUUCGACGAGGAACCUACUUCAGUAUGCCAGAAUGGUACAACCCUCAGUAUGCUCAGUACAAGAACCCAGACCCCAAUUGGGCAGGCGGUUGCUUCGGAGCUGAUAAUGUCAACCCAUACACCAAAGCCCCACUUGAGUACACUGGCCACGUCCAGGUGAACGACUAUGUGACCGGUCUCCAGCUGCCACAGAUGAAUGAAUUGGCAUACAACUACGAAACCGAGCUCAUGUGGUGUGACAUUGGAGGAGCAAACAACGCAACCAUUUUCGCAUCAAAAUGGCUCAACUGGGCUCGUGAUCAAGGACGACAAGUAACAUUCAACAACCGAUGUGGAAUUGGAGGUGACUUCCAGACACCCGAAUAUGCCACUAAUACGGACACCGUCGUCGCCAAAUGGGAAAGUAAUCGCGGAAUGGAUCCUUUCUCCUUCGGCUACAACUACAAGACACCUGACAGCGAGUACCUCAAUGGAAACGACAUCGUCCAAAGCCUCGUCGAUAUCGUUAGCAAGAAUGGCAAUUUCCUCCUCGAUAUUGGGCCCAAGCACGACGGAAGCAUUCCAGAUAUCAUGCAGAAAGGCCUGAGAGAUGCUGGAAGCUGGAUCAUUCCGCAUGGAGAAUCCAUUUACGAUACGAGGUACUGGAGUGUUACUCCUGGAAAGGGCAAUUUCCGGUAUACCACCACGAAAGACGCUUUCUAUAUUCACUACUUGACGAAGCCGGGUUCGAGCAUCACCAUCACGGAUCCAGUUCCGUGGUUGCCUGGCGAUACUGUCACCGUCCUCGGUGGUUCGCAGAAUGGUAAAGUGGUGCAGGCCACGAAGUCGGGCAACAACUUGGUGUUGCAGCUGAAUGAUGCUAUCAUCAAUGGGGAUAAAUACGUCUGGACUUUCAAGCUCGCGUAUACGAGUAAUUACUAG